GACGGUCGUAUAUUCACGGCUUUUUUUUAGACUCAAAUUGACCUCUGUAGGUUACCGGUACGUUAUGGAUGAUCGUAGUUCUGACUUUGUUGAAAGAAAUUCACAUACUACGUUAAACCAACUGCAAAACUGGAGCAAGCUGUACGUAAAUGAAGAUAACUUUACGGGCGACGAAGAAAAUAUACCGGAUUUACGGUUCGACGUUCGCCAUGAUCUGAAUGAUAGAAUUUACAUAUGUUAUGACGACUUAUCAAAGUUAGAGGUUGAUGCUGUUGUGCUACCAAUUAACGAUGUCAACCUACGCAAGUCGCAACUUGCCAGAGAUGUUACGUUGGGUGCUGGACCGGAAAUAAGUGCAGUUUAUGAAAGAUACAAACACAAUAAAGAUAUGAAAACCGGCUCCGUGACUUUUGAAACUGGCUUUGCAUUACCUGCACGAUUUGUUAUAAGUGUAAUGGAACCAAGAAUAUCAUUGAAAUAUCAAACUGCAGUGGAAACUGCUCUACAUGGAUGCUACGUUGGUGCUAUGCAAUGUGCUGCUGAACACAAGUUGUCUUCAGUAGCGUUUCCAUUAUUAUACGAUCCAACUGCAGAACCUUCACUCACCACGCAUAUGGGCCACAUAGCCAUACGUACUAUUCGAUGCUGUCUUCAGAAACUUUCUUGUCAUCCAAAAGCUGUGGUCCUGGUCCUCACAGAGAAACAGAUGGAUUUAUACAGUAACCUGCUAUCCACGUAUUUUCCAAGGAGUAAUACAGAAGCAUCGGAUUUUAUUUAUUGGCUUCCCCAAACAGAGUUUACAGAUUGGGGUGAAAUCGUUCGAGCAGAUCGUGCGAUACGCAUCAGGGAUUUUGCAACGGAAAAUGAAGCAACGUCAGAGAUGUCUGAGUCAUCGCACAAGGAAGACCCCGUCAUACCAUCCACAAUAACGAGCCACUCAUUCGCAAGUAUGUCCGGUGACCACGACAGCAGGAGAAAAAGGCAAAUCGAGAACAUGACGAAAGAUAAAAUGCUCAAAUCACAAGAAAGAAUUUACCACCGCCUUUUGAGAUGUGCAAGAACCGAAAAUUUAUCGGAAAUUGCUUCCACCAAGGCCUUGUACGUAUGUGGUAACGACAGAGGGGGCUCCCCUGUUGUGGUACUGGUAGCAAAAUACAUGAACGUACAGAAUAUGAACAUGGAAAAGGCGCUCCUAUAUUUUAUACACAUCCUCGACUCUGUGGUGAACGAAAGGUAUUCGCUCGUUUAUUUUCACACGGUGUCGGAAUCUAAAAAUCAUCCUUCCGUUGAGUUUAUACGACAUGUGUACCACACGUUAGACCAGCGCUACCGGGAAAAUCUCAAGUAUCUGUACAUUGUACACCCAAGCUUCAUGAGCAA